GCGUCAUAUUUAAACAUCAAAAGUAUCCGUCUUACCAUAUUCUGGAGACAGUCACGCUCUAUUCAAUUAUUAAUUGAACACAAUUUUGAAGAGUAUUAAAGAACUAAUUAGGAAAUAGUUAUAAUAUAGUUAUAAAAUAUGCUGCAGCUGAAACCCUGGGCGGUGCUUUCAGUGCCUUCAGGCGUGAAAAAAGAGUGGCGACAUGUGAACAAAGAAGAUGAAGAUGAUGAGUUCACUGCAUUUGCUCUUAAUGAAGAUUACUUCGCUGUUGGAUCCAAACAUGGAACAGUCGACAUUCUCAACAGAGUUUCGCUGGAUACCGUACUUACCUUUAAAUCCUCGACAACUGGUCCAAUCACUAAAAUUAGAUUCUCUUUGGAGAGUGAGAAGCCUUAUAGUGUUCAGCAGUUGAGCAAACUGCAAGCGCAGGAGAAGAAAGAGAUUGACAGUCUAGUCGGGAACAAUCACGCGAGACAUUUGAAUGAGGGGCCGAAGAAUGUGUUCAUUGCAUUUGUAGUUGCAGACUGGAAGGUUGAAGUAUGGCGACUUGUUCACACCUCAUCUUCAUCAGCCGGAGGAGAAGUGAAGGGAAAGAUAACAGCCGAGCUGAAACGACAGAACUCGCUACACGGGGGUGGAAAAAUCACGUACAUGUGUUGGGCCACAGACAGAGAUUUGUUCACGGGGGAUGAGAGCGGUGUGGUGACAGUUACUAGAGUUCAAAGCAAGAGUCUCUUGACUGGAACAUGUCAACAGCUAUUCAAACUCAGCUCAACUGUCGUCCAGAUUGACUUCCUUGCGCCUAUAUUGCUUGUUUCGACCUACACUACAAUCGCCCUGUCCAAUGUCAGCCGACAAGUGUUCCGGGAGAUCCCCCUCGACAAGAACGGGCACUUCGGGGCUGUGCUGAAAGUGGUGGACAAAAAUGCCACCUUCCUCUCAGAAGCUGUGCGAGAGACUUACUUGAAGGCAGUGUGUGCUGGUCCAGAUGCAAUUGUGUGGAUUGUGAAUGUGGAGUCCUAUGAAACAGAGAGAGCGUACUGUUUCAAGGGACUAGUGUUGGAGAACAUAGAGAAGACAGCAGAACAGGCGACAACAGAAGCGGCUGAAUCAAAACGAAACGGUCUAAACAUACCAAACGGAGUUGCAGUUCUUCCCAACAACGAAUCCAGUUUAGACGAAGUCAACUUGAAAUCAGUUGACGAAAGUCAACUUCAACUAAGCAUCCGAAGUAACGCAAGCAUCACAAGCAGUAACGCGAGUUCGAAAAUAUCCAAGAGACAACACUUAACUUUAACACAGUUGUUCAAUUACGGAAAAGGGUUGGUGUUAGCCGAAAGCAGCGGAGGCUUCGGAUGUGUUGUUAUGGAUUUGUUCAACAAGAGUGUUAUGGUGUCAGGAAACAUUCUGCUAAGUGGUCAUCCCUGUUUGGAGAUGUUUGUUCACGCCAAGCAGAAGUUGGUCACUAUUUUUCAAACUUCAGGAAUGCUGAGCACUUUUUUGAUUCAACCGACCCACAAGAUGCUGAAAAACACCUGUGCCAACCCGCUUUACAGAGCCCACUGUGCCCGACUGAUAGUACAGAACCCCAGUACAGCUUGCAACUACUUGAGCCAACAGGAAAUUGAGCAAGCAGCUGAUGCGCUGGAAGAAGAUUCGGGGGAGAAAGAAAGUGAUGUAGUCUUACAGGUGCGAGAAGUGGCUCGUCAGCUGGGAGACGAGAAAAUUGCCCGCUUUGAGAACUCGCGGGGAUCCGAGAACGAGUUCGACCCAUACUACCAAGAGAUGGAUACACCACUAUCACUGUUCAAGACUAGUGGAUCCACAAUGAAAAGUCUCAUUUCUAACAUCCAGUCCAAAAUCAACGACUACGAGGCGGCUGUCGUCGAGAACCGACUGAGCAGAGCCCGACUGCAUUACGUCACAGUUAGUCACGAGGCACACUCGGAUGACGUCAUUGAACAGCUGGAGAGUGAAAUGGACAGUUUAGUGUCUGUAGUGGCGAGACACCAAACUCUAGAUGGUAUUGAGAGAGUGAUUUUCAAACCAACCGAAAGAGUAGAAAAACCGAUCGAAUUUCUACUAGAAGACGAAUUCAGCCUGCCUCCCAUUCUCCCAUUGGCCUCUGAAAUUGACGUUGACUCAUCGAUACCUUCAAUUCUUUACUCGGAUGAUGCGAACAACCAACAUCCGGCCAAAAAGAGGCUGAAAACGCUUCUGCAUAAAGUAGCGGAAAACAUGGAAACACUUUCGCAGAAAAAAGCAACGAGCAUUGAAGUCCAAUCGAUAGCAUUGUGUGAAGAAACAAGCUCCUUUGUUGAAUAUUGCGGCACUGAAAAUGCAUUGGUCGGAGGUGAAGCAUCUACACAUACAGAAAUGGUCAAUCACCUGUGGAUUUGUGGUCCUGGCAACACGAGGAAACUAAUAGGGCCGGAAUCUUCUAGAAGGAAAAAAACUUUGAAUGAGACAAAAACUAGUCCCAGUGUGAGUCUGACUCCACAGGCUAAAAAGAAGAAGGCACAAGGUCACAAAGAAAGGAAGAAGAAACAACAAACAGCGAGCAAGACCAAAUCUGAAGGUUCUCACACGCCAAGUGACAGGGACAACCAGAGUAUUAACAGUUUAACCCUCUCCGCUGGUGAAAACCUCCCGGAUGUAAAACCGAACAAACCAAUAGUUGCAGUGGAAAACGACAUUUUCAACGAUGCAAUGGCAUUUAGUACGACUGAGAGAGCUAGUUUAGAAGAUUCUAGAAGAUUCUAUACAGGACAAGAAAAGAAAAAAGAACGAAAUCAAGAUCAAACAAACGAACUUCCAGUGAGAGCCAAAGUUAAAAAAGCAACCCUCGACUCACGUCACAAAACAAUGCAAUACAGUCCUUUUCAGCAGACGCAGAAAAGUAGUCCCAAUAAAAUCAUCAAUAUGACAGCCGAUGAUAGCAUUAUGCGGUCUUCUCUCGGUUACAUACGACUGAUAAAUUUACCCACUUUUGAAGAAGCAGCCAAAGUUUUCAACUCAAUCAAGUCUGUUGAUUACUCAGAGCUAGUCGAUUCUUGGAAGAACUUUGUCAAAAUAUCAAAUUUGUUGCAACACAGUCCGGAAAAGGCUGAGAAACUGCUGGAUGAAAAUAAAAGUCUGUUGGAUAUCAAGUUGCUGGUAAUACUGAACAAUGGCAAAAACUCGAAGACAAUUUCGAGCUGGAUUACAAACCAGAUCAUGAAAAUAACAUCAAAGCAAGAGCUAUGGAGAUUUUCUUUACUCCGUAGCUUGGAAAUCUUCAAUUGGGAAUUUAGUUUUAUUGAGAGUAUUCUGAAGGAUGUAUUACAAAAGCUAACAGAAGAUUUGAGUCCUCCUAAACAAUGUUUCUUUUGUGACGUGUGUAGCAAAUUACGAUCAAAUCUACAAGCAGAGAGCGAGCAGCUACAAUGGAGUAGAAAUUUUCUGCUAGAGGAAACAGUCUCAGUUGUUAGGAAGCACCAGCCGAAUCUCCUUAGUAUCUCACUUGACCUUUUCACCUCUUCGGAAGGGUCAGUGAACUGCUCUGGAUACCUGAAGGCUCUCCAAAACACUUCCAGACUCGACGACCGACUAGAACUCUGCACAUUGCAAUUGAGAAACAAACAACUAAUUCUGGAUGAAGUUGAACACAUUUUGGCUGAAGGAUCUGCAAAAGACGAGAAAUCAUUAUGGUUGACUGUACUAGAUUUCUCAUCAAGAGAACCAUCUACUAAAUUCUGCCAGUGCUCGAACGAAACUCCGAACUCCAAUUUAUCCUUCAGUGAAGAUCUGCUUUUCGAAUACUACAAACGAAACACAAUUGGAAAGCUACAGCUUCUUAUUAACGAAUGGAAUAUCCGAAAUUCAGAUGAAAACAUAUCUGAAAACCCAAACUCGACCGUAGAAGAAAACGCGACCCAAAGCAGCUUUGAUAAAUCAAAUGAAAACACGGCUCAAACCUCUUGUCAAAAUCAAACUAACAGGACGUUAUCAUCAGCGUUUUACCGACAAGUUGUGCAUAACGAGGCAUGGGUGAUGCGCAAAAAACAGACCAUGUUUAAAGCGUUGAAAAAAGCAGAUAAGAAGGUUUUGCUGACUCGAGAAACGAGUUCAGUUCAUGAGAGGGUUAGAGUUGCAUCUGCUCAGAGAAGUCAGAAGAAAACGUCAUGGAAAGUAUCAGCAAAUCUCCAAAAAAAGAUGUGCUCUGUUUGCAAAGGCAGCUUAGCAGGAACUGAUCCGAAACACCACACAAAAGUGGAAAUGCUCAACAUCUUCAAAUGUGGUCACGCUACCCACACUUCCUGUUGGCGUGAACAGAUUAUAUGUCCAGUUGAAAACUGCAGAUCUGUGAUUUAAAAAUUCGACCUUGAAGCUCAAUUUCACAUUUGACUUAAAUAUUGGAUAACUAAACAAAAUACCGCCUGU